AGCAAGAACUAAACCUAGCAGAGCUAAUAAGGCUAGCUAGCAAGCCGAUCGAGCAAAAGAGAUCGAUCGGCCAUGGCUGCCGCCGCUGCUAAGAAGCUUGGCAUCCUCGUCGCCUUGCUCGCGCUCCUCGUCGGGCCGUCGGCGGGCCUGCUGGGCAUCGGCAUCAGCAUCGGCAGCGGCACCGACUGCACCGUCUUCGUGGGUUGGCCGCUCCCCGUGAUCCUGCGCUCCCUCAUCUGCGGGCUCCUGGGCCAACCCUACACUCCUCCGAUCUGGAGGGACGAGCCCACAGGCGCAGGGCUCAGCGUCGGCUACUACAACAACCCUCGCAACACCGACGCCUACUGCCCCGGCGCGGAGACGGCCGUGAGGAAUGCCGUGGAGAAGGCCAUCUACCAGCAGGGGCGCGGCAUCGGCGCCGGCCUCAUCCGUCUCUUCUUCCACGACGCCUUCGUCCGGGGGUGCGACGCUUCCGUUCUCCUCAGGACCACGGCCCUUGCGGGCACCAACACGGAGAUGGAGGGGCCCCCCAACAAGGACAGCCUGCGCGGGUUCGAUGUGAUCGACGCGGCCAAGGAGGCCACCAAGGCCGCCUGCGGCAACAGGGUCUCGUGCGCCGACAUCCUCGCCUUCGCCGCGCGCGACGCGUCCGACAUCCUCAGCGGCGGCAACAUCCGCUACCCCGUGCCGGCGGGGCGCUACGACGGCCGCGAGUCCUUCGCCAAGGAGACCGGCCAGCUGCCCGGCCCGGACUCCUCCCUCCAGGAGCUCCAGAUGAUGUUCGCCGCCCAGGGCCUAAGCACCGCCGACAUGGUGACGCUCUCCGGCGCGCACAGCAUCGGCCAAGCCCGUUGCCUCUUCUUCACCGGCCGCCUUGCGGCCAUGGACUCCGACUACGCCAGGCGGCUGAACACGGCCUGCAACGGCACCGGCAGCCCCAACAACAGGGUGGACCAGGACCCCGUGUCCGCCACCGUGCUGGACAACCAGUACUACAAGAACAUCGACAAGUUCGUGCUGUUCGGGUCGGACGCCGUGCUCGUCUCGUCCCCGGAGACCAAACAGCAGGUGGACGUUAACAAAGCCAAUCUGACGAGCAGGUGGGAGAGCGACUUCGCGGCGGCCAUGGUGAAGAUGGGCAACAUCGGGGUCAAGACGGCUCUCGUCCCCAGCGAAACCGAGAUCAGGGAGGUAUGCUGGAGAGUCAACGCUUAGCCCCUGGCCCCGGUCGUGUGUAGCUGCUGCAUGCAUGCAUGUGAAUGAGGAUAUGCAUGCAUACAGAUUGUUUCUCGAUCAGUAGUACCAUGAUCUGUUGAUGUUUUUUGUUUUUUUUUCAUACUAUACUACAACUGUGUUCAUCACUACUUUGUUAUUGCAUAUAUAUAUAUAUAUAUCAUCAUCAUGUAAUUCUUUUUGCUGUAAGCUGACUUGCUUUAAUCUACUUUGGCUUGCUAGCUAGCUUCUCCAAAACUUUACCUUGUGGCUUAUUUAAUUUUGCUGCCGGGUAUUUCGAUUCAUUGGUUAACGACAUGGAAAUAAACUUUAUUCGUCUUGGUGGUUCA